CCGCCAGAGACCGAAUGGAGACAGAAGCGCCCCAGCCCGGACUGUCGCCCCCGGACUCUGCGCACGAUCCUUGUAAAAUGUUCAUCGGGGGACUGAGCUGGCAGACUACACAAGAGGGCCUGCGGGAGUAUUUCAGUCAAUUCGGAGACGUGAAGGAGUGUCUUGUUAUGAGAGAUCCAUUGACCAAAAGAUCCAGGGGAUUUGGGUUUGUCACAUUCAUGGACCAGGCCGGGGUGGAUAAAGUUUUGGCACAAUCGAGGCACGAACUUGACUCCAAGACGAUUGAUCCUAAAGUAGCAUUUCCGCGCAGAGCUCAACCCAAGAUGGUGACAAGGACAAAGAAGAUUUUCGUGGGCGGCCUCUCUGUGAAUACAACUGUCGAAGAUGUAAAACAAUAUUUUGAGCAGUUCGGAAAGGUUGAUGAUGCUAUGCUAAUGUUUGAUAAAACAACAAACAGGCACAGAGGAUUUGGUUUUGUUACCUUCGAAGGAGAAGAUAUUGUGGAAAAGGUCUGUGAAAUCCACUUCCACGAGAUCAACAACAAGAUGGUUGAAUGUAAGAAGGCACAACCCAAGGAGGUGAUGUCUCCAACAGGCUCUGUACGGGGACGCUCCAGAGUGAUGCCAUAUGGAAUGGAUGCUUUCAUGCUUGGCAUCGGCAUGCUAGGAUAUCCUGGUUUCCAAGCAGCUACAUACGCCAGUCGCAGCUACACAGGGAUAGCGCCUGGUUAUACUUACCAGUUUCCAGAAUUUCGUGUAGAGAGAACCCCACUCCCGGGCACCCCCGUUCUCCCAGAACUCACAGCCAUCCCACUGACUGCUUAUGGACCAGUGGCGGCAGCAGCAGCAGCUGGGGCAGAGUGUAGGGGGCUCUCUGUAAGAUCUACUUUUUUACUUUGUAAACAAGGCUCCACUCCAACCCGCACAGGGGGUUUUCUGGGAACUAGCAGCCCGGGCCCAAUGGCCGAACUAUAUGGCGCAGCCAAUCAGGAAUCGGCAGUCAGCAGCUACAUCAGUGCAGCAAGUCCAGCACCUAGCACUGGCUUUGGACACAGCCUUGGGGGACCUUUGAUUGCCACGGCUUUCACUAAUGGAUAUCAUUGA